CAGAAAAGGACAAGCAGUGGGAAUGUUUCCUGUUUGCUGCAGAACAGGUUUGUGCUGUGGCUGAGGGAUAAGACGUUCUAUGAAAAGGGACAACAGACACUUAUGGUCUGUAAAAAUGGACUCGUUCAAAGGACCUUGCCCUCAUCAGAGUGUUCCUGUUGAGACCGAUGAGAGUAUGUCGUCCUCAACUCUGGACUUGGUCUGGCCUCCUCCUUGUAACCAGUGUAGUGGACAUGUAGAGACCAGCAGAAGGCCACAGAACAAUGGCUGUGAAACACCCAGAGAAUAUGAUGCCGGAGAGAGGACAUUCCCCGAGAGCCGCUUCCAGCAAGAAUCCAGAGCCGCCUGCCGUGCUUCCCAGGAGCCUAGCUUCACACCCCAAACACACUUCAGAUACAUGAGACCCCCCCAACCUGAAGACGUUGGGCCUCAUGGCCUCAGAGAGCAGGGGACACUCUAUGAAUGGCAGCACAGGGUGAACCACAGUAGAGGCUUUGCAGGCCCUUCAAACUGGCCACAGGACUUCUCUGUUGAGGAGGCAGAAUGCUUGGAGGCCCCUCUUCCACUCAUGUCUGACAAUAACUACACCUCCUAUGUCCUAUCACAAUACCCUGCUCAGAGCCCCAAUCCAAAGCAGGGGAAUUUCCACAGAAAUUGUGCUUGUUGUCCUCAGAGAGACCUGCGGCGUCACAAUAAUCGUUCUUGUCAUUAUAAGCAUGGCCACCCAGCAGAUCCACACCACGAGCCUCAAGACCACCAACAGUCCUGGAGAGCCUCCCAAAAAAGGCAACAACCUGGAGAUGCUCCAAAUGGCUCAUCGCCUCAGUGCAUGGCGCCUCCCAGAGAUGUGAUGCAUGAGGUCAGCGUGAACUGCUCACUGCGGCCAGGUCCUGCAGCUUUCACAGGGGAAAUCAGGAAGACCAUUAGCCUGCCUGAGGAGUGCAGGAGUGUUUUCAUCACGUAUUCAGUGGACACAGCCAACGAAAUUAUUGUUUUUACCAAGUUUCUGACUGAUCAGGGAUUCAAACCAGCAAUUGACAUCUUUGAUAAUCCAAUCAGGAGAAUGGGCAUCACUAAAUGGAUGGACAGACAUUUGAAUGAUAAAUCAGUGCUCAUCAUUGUGGUCAUCAGCCCCAAGUACAAAGAGGAUGUGGAGGGAGAUGGAGAUGAUGACCAUGGCCUGCACACUAAAUACAUUCACAAUCAGAAACACUUAACGUGGUACAGCUCUAUGAACACUGAAAAUCCUCUUUCGCUAAUGGCACAGAUCCAAAAUGAGUUCAUCCAACAAGGCUGCCUGAACUUCAGACUGGUACCUGUCCUGUUUCCUAAUGCAACCAAGAGACAUGUCCCCAACUGGCUCCAGAGCACCAGGAUCUACCGCUGGCCCCAGGACACACAGGACCUGCUGCUUCGCCUGCUCAGGGAGGAGCGCUACAUCAUCCCACAGCGGGGUUGUGACCUUACCCUCACUGUCCGGCCCCUGUGAGACAAAUUGAAAAGUGAGAUAUACAGGAGCACACUUAAAGGACUCGGCUUAUUUUGUCAGAAGCCCGCCACUCUGUCGGUGUGACUCAUGCUACAAUGAAGACUGUUACUCCAGCAGCAGAUGAGCUGUACAGCCUUUACUCUUUUUCACUUGUUUUCAGAAGACCUUUCAUUCUACAUCUUCGAUGACGACGUCUGAAAUGAGAACUAACUCGCAACAUAUCAUGUAUCAAAAAAUCAUGUUUUAAUUUGACUGAGAACAUAAUUUUGUCUCUGUUAUUUUCCAUCAGAACCUUCAUCUUUAUAUAAUGAGCAGGAAGCCAAGGAGAAAUGGUUUGUGUGAGCUGGAUAUUAUCUGUUAUAUUCUCUUACUUCUUAAAAGAAAGUGCAGACUGUGUUCUCAUGUGCAUUUUGUAAUCCUUCUAUAAUAAAUACUAAAUAUACAAGACAACAUGCACAUUUUAUAAACCAUGUAAAUGUUAAAUAAUCUUUUCCUGUAGGUUCAUCAUUACUCAAGACUCUUUUCUCAUUAUAUUAAGUCAUUAGAUGCAUUGUUAGGACAAAAUAUAAAUUAAUGUAUCAAGAUAUUGUCUUUAUUUUAAUCAAAUGAUAAACAUAUAUAAAGCUUCAAAUUGUUCAAGUGCCAUUCCCCACAGUGAAUCAGUGUGUAUUGGUGAAGCACGUGUUUAACCAGAAGGUGGCAGCAUGUUCCACAAAAUGAAAACACUCCCACGCAUUUGUGACCUCGUGCAACAGCGCUCAUUAAACAUUUAGCUUGAGCUUCUAUUACUGAUGUUUUAUUAUGGUGUUACUUUGGAUCAGUGAGUGUGAUAAUGGGGCACAGGACACAAGGUAACGGAAACAGCUGGUGGUAAUAUUUCACACCGUCUCUGAUAAGCCUGAGUUGUUAGGGCCAUGUCUUUCUCUGUACUUCCUCUUUUCUGUUACCCCUGUUCAGUCGGUUUACCAAACCUGCCAAAAAUGAUUUGCUCAAGUCAGUUUGUGUGUGUGAAAGGGAUUCCAGUGAUGUCUUUAAACACUUGCUCUGCCAGGUCUAAUAAAACAGAUGAUUGUUAUUAUCCUGGGACUGGUGGGCCACCCGACUCAGCCUUAUCUGGUGAGUCCAGAGCAACCAGACACAGCUAUUUCCUCAACAAGGCCUGGAUCCCCUAUUUCAUAUACUGUGUUCCUUGAACACACACUCCCUGCACUGACUCAUUUCAUGAUUUCUUAUACAUCUACAGUAUAUUCAUGACAACGUGCAUCAGUCUAUUGAAGUGGCCUUAAGUGACUAAAACCACCUUGAUUCAUGUCUAAAGAGAGGAGCUCUUGUCCUAUCCUGACUUUAGUGUCUUUCCUGAUUUCUUAUUACAUUUCCACCCCAACUUUUCCAAAAUACUAACAUGAGUCUUUUCAGGUUCCAAAACGAUGUUAAACAUCUAUUGAAAUCCCCCUAAAUGAAGAGUUUUAAUUUCCCUACAAUUGCAUGAGUGUGCCUGUGCAUGUCUGUGCAUGUGUUUGUGAUAAAUAAAUGUAUCUUAAUCUUAAUAAAUGUGUUGUUUCAGGAUUUUC